AUGGAUCCUAUCAAAUAUUUCACAUUUUCUAUGAUCAUCUCUAUUUUAGGUAUUCGGGGAAUCCUCCUUAAUAGACGAAAUAUUCCUAUUAUGUCAAUGCCAAUUGAAUCAAUGUUAUUAGCUGUGAAUUUGAACUUUUUGGUAUUUUCCGUUUCUUCGGAUGAUAUGAUGGGUCAAUCAUUUGCUUCAUUGGUUCCAACGGUGGCAGCUGCGGAAUCUGCUAUUGGGUUAGCCAUUUUCGUUAUUACUUUCCGAGUCCGAGGGACUAUUGCUGUAGAAUUUAUUAAUAGCAUUCAAGGGUCAGGGCCUUUCUCGCUGGGCGAGCGCAUCCGAUUCUAA